AUGUCAAUAGAAGAAGCUCAUAUACUAGUUCCAUUCGGACGAAACGACGAGUUUGUUGGUAGGGAGUCCGUUCUGCGAGAACUGGUUGUCAAGAUUCUGCCAAGUGCGAACAACAAGAACUGCCAACGGACGGUGCUCGAGGGACUUGGUGGCGUCGGGAAGACACAGAUCGCACUCGAAGCUGCAUACCGCGUUUUCGAACAGAGCCCGAACUGUUCUAUCUUCUGGGUCCCUGCUGUUUCGCUAGUGAUGUUCGAGAAUGCUUACAGGGAUAUUGGCGAAGCGCUGGGAACGCCUGGUAUGGAUGACGACAAGGCAGACAUCAAAGAACUAGUCAAGACUACGCUGGAAAGGAGCAAAGUAGAUUGGCUCUUGAUAAUCGAUAAUAUUGAUGAUAUUGGUUUGCUGACUAGAGACAAGGGUUUAAAGAGCUGCCUACCAUUCAAUCGGAAGGGGUCGAUCCUCUUCACUACGCGCAAUCACGAAGUCGCUGUGCGACUUAACAUUUCCAGGAAACACACAUUCGUGGUUGACAAGAUGAGUGAAGCAGAAGCUAUAAAAUUGCUUCAGAACGAACUCAAGGAACGGCAAUAUCGAGACACCCAGGCCACAAAAGACCUCGUUCAGCAUUUAGUGUUUCUACCUCUCGCGGUCAAGCAGGCAUCUGCCUAUAUGGCGCGAACACGCAUCACGACAGCUGCAUAUCACAAGCUUUGUCGUGGAUCUGAUAACGCCCAGAUCAAGCUUCUCAAUACCGGGUUUGAGGAGCUGCAGCGAUACUCUGAUAACACAAACCCGAUUACCCUGACGUGGUUGAUCUCAUUUCAACAUUUAGCAGAGUCGUACCCACUGGCGAUAGAGUAUCUCAAGUUCGUAUGUCUACUAGCGGAGAAAGAUAUUCCAAUGUCUUUGCUACCGAUUGGCAAGGACGAGGAAGCACUUCCGGAAGCUGUUGGAAUCCUGGAAGGAUAUGCUUUUGUCUCGAUACAUGAGCAAGGCGACUCGUUUGAUAUGCACCGAUUGGUGCGACUAGUAACACGUAAUUGGAUUAAGAACGACUGGGAAGCAUGUUACGCAAAAGUGGUACGUCAGCUUGCUAAAGUGUACCCAGUUCCGAAGCAUGAUAAUCGACAAUUGUGGACAAGAUACAUGCCCCACGCUCAAGUGGCUAUCGAACUACAUCGCGAAUGCAUAGAUAAAAAAGCGGCAGCAGAUCUUCUUUUUGUUGUUGCAGGUAGCUACAAUAAAAUUGGGAGGUAUGAAGAGGCAGAGCAGAUGCAUCGACAGACACUGGAGCUGAAGAAGUCGGUGCUGGGUCCUGGCCACCCUUCCACCAUACGCAGCCGGAACAAUCUACAGAAUCUUCUAGACUCUCUUUAUGUUGGAGGUGAUGAUGAUCAGUCAACAAGUCCUAGCGAGUCAGAAGGCGAAGGCGGAGGUGGUACGACCUUGCAAUAG